AUGGCGGCGGAGGACGCGUUUUACAAGGGGGAAAUCCGGCCGGUUUUCCCGCUGUUCAAGAGGGAUCUUCUCUUCACCGGCGCCGGCGGCGAUUUGGAGGAUUUUACGGCGGAGAGGUUGCCGGUAACGCCGCCGGUCAAGAAGGUCUUCGUGGAGACCACAAACGACGAGUCUCCGGGGAGCGACGAAAUCGCCGGUCCGUACUGCCAGUGGUCGAACCGGCCGGCUCAGGAGGAGACCGGACCGGAGGUUUGCAAGAAGAGCAACUCGACCGGGUUCUCCAAGCUGUGGAGAUUCAAGGAUUUCCUCCACCGGAGCAACAGCGACGGGAGGGACGCCUUCGUGUUCUUCAACCCUCCGUCGCCGGCGGCGACUUCCGGGGAGAAAAAAUCACCGGAGACCAAAAAGGGCGGCGAAGUCAAAGUCAAAGCGCCGCAAAAGAAGAAAAAGAAGAGCGAAAGCGUGUUGGCCCACGAGCGCUACAUGAGAAGUAAAGCCAAAGAUGACGCCCGCCGGCGGUCGUACCUUCCUUACCGGCCGGAGCUCGUCGGACUCUUCACUAACGUUAACGGCGGAUUAACGAGAAAUGUACACCCCUUCUAA